UCAGCGCAAGCGUAAACAUUGACCAAUCGAAUUCCUCCGGCGAGAGCGCGGACGUUCCCUUCGCAGUCGCACAUGUGCGUGAUGUGAUAGUAACCUUCAGAAGAACCGAGUGAAACCAAAGGUGUUCAACAUGGAGGCAGCAUUGGCCAUCACGACCAAAUACUGCCAGAAGGAGCUGGAUGAAUACGGUGGAUGUGUUGUCUCCCAUCCAGCAUCAUGGCAAGAGAAGUGUGUAGAGCUGAAGCUGAGGGUGGCACAGUGCACUUCAUCACAUCCAGUGAUCAGAAAGAUCCGAGGUGACUGUGCUGGUGAGUUUUCAGUGUUUGAGCGCUGUCUGCGGGAGAACCCGAGCUCUGCUGAAGCGUGUCAACCUCACCUUACACGUUUCCUCACCUGUGUUGAGACCGUCGACCUUUCAGGAAUUGCGAAUGCUGAGCCGCAGCCCACAUAGAUGAUUUUUGUGACUGUUGAGGCUAAUGAGGACAAUAAUGCAGGUGUUUUAUACUCCGCACUGUGGAAGAACGUAUUAUCUUUGAAGAACUCCAACACAAACACAAAACUGAAUCAAAUCUCAGUCUUUUGCACACCUUUCUUCCAAAAUAUUCAAUGUGAUGUUUUAUUUUGUUAAUGAUUAAUGUUUCACACUAUUUAUGAGAUUUUUAAAAAGGUUCCAUGAUAUUAAAACACGAAGUUGCAAUAAAAUGCGCAUUUCUAAAUUCUUUA